AGAUUCAAAACUUCAUUCCAAAACAUGAGAUCAAUGUUACAAACAACAAAACCCCCAAAAUCUUCGAUGAAACACAAAAAAUGAACGAAAACAUCUCAAACUGGAUAAUGGAAUUCCUCCUCCGUAACACCACCGUACCCGAUCCCCUAAUUCAAAAAACCCUAACCCUACUUCCACUCUCCGGCGCCGAUUCGCGUCUCAAAAAAACCCUCCUCCUCCGCGUACUUCAAACCCACAUCCUCAACGCUUCAAUCUCCGAAGCCUCUCUCCAAAUCCUCGAACAUUUGGAAGAGAUUUACCGCGACGACGGAGUUUCUAUCUCGAAUGCGUUUCAGAGUGCUUACUGUGCUGUUGCGGUGGAAUGUACGGUGAAGUAUUUGAUUAAUUCGCCGGAGGAUCCGUCUGGUGAGUAUUUUUCGGCGGUGAGGAGGAUUUGGAGGGGAAGGAGAGGGAGUGGGUUGGUGUCGGAUGGGUUUGUGCAGUGGGGGGAAGAGAUUGAAGGUGCGCUUUGGGAUGUUAGGGUUGCGGAGAGGUUGGUGGGGUUGAAUACGAGGAGAGAUGCGGUUAUUGAAGUGAAGAGGUUUUUGAAGGAAGCGUGGGGGAGUAUGGGGGAUUCGUUUCUUGAUUUGAUUGCGAUGGUUUCGAAGGGGAAUGGUUUGUGUCCGGGAGGUGUUUGUGAAAAUGCUGCUGAGGGGAGUAGAAGGUUGUUAGAAGGUUUGGGGAAAGCGAAAGCGAAUGAUGAUGAUGUAGCAAUGGGUGAAAAUCAUGGUAAUCGGCAAUUGGAAGAGAAUGGCUUGGGUGGUGGAAUGUCGAGGAGGCGUAAUGGGAGGUUAGAAGGUUUGGGGAAAGAGAAAAUGAAUGAUGAUGAGAAUGAUAAUGUGAAUGAUAUUGUUGAUGAUAGUGAUGAUAAUGACGAUGAGACAAUGAUGGGUGAAAAUCAUGGCAAUGAGGAGUUGGAAGAGAGAGUUGGUACUUCUGUUGAUGCGAAUCAGGAAGUGGAACAAAGAGCUGGUACAUCUAGAAUGGGAGAUAAAGGUGUUUGUGAAAUUGCUGAAGAGGGUGAAGAUUUAAGGAAGCGUGAUGGGAGGUUAGAAGGUUUGGGAAAGGAGAAAAUGAAUGAUGAUGGUGACGAUGUGAAUGAUAAUGUUGAUGGUGACGAUGGUGUAGAAUUGAUGGAUGGAAAUCGUGGCAAUGAACAAUUGGAAGCGAGAGUUCGCACUUCUGGAAUGAGAGAUAAAGAAAUUCGGAAAGACAAUGGUCAGCUCAAACGCAAGCACUCUGCACUACAAACAAGACACAGGGGAGUUAAACUCUCUGGUGAUGAGGAAGCGAGGCCGAUAAAUUUUUCGACUAAAUAUGAAAAUCUGCGUAGUGCUGAUGUGAAGAAACUUCGGGAGUCCCUUAAAUCAAGUUCUUUGGAGCUAAAAGCAUUGGUCAAAGAUCCUCUUCCUGAUGCAUUGCACACAUCUGAAGCCGUAAGAUCCAAAUUGGCUACAAAAGAUAUAAAUCGCAGGCCAGCCAGUGAAAAGCAGAGUGAACAUGUAGAUGUACGAGAUUCAGAUGCAUGCAAGACUAUUGUACCAUAUCAGCCUAAUGAUGCCAAUUUUGCCAAGGAGCCUUCUGUUCCUUGUAGUAGUGAUCGCCCUAACUGUAGUAAUGGUAGUCGCCCCAACUAUAGUAAUGAUCGUCGCCCGAACUUAAUGCGACGGGCAAGUUAUGCUCAAACAUACGAGUGGGAUGAUUCAAUAGAGAACUUACCGCAACAAAGUCUGCCAAGAAGGAAGAAAAGGAAAUGGACUUCCUUGGAAGAAGAGACGCUAAGGGCUGGUGUAAGAAUGUUUGGAGAAGGAAACUGGAGGACAAUCCUAGACUUUUACAGCACCAUAUUUGAAUAUAGAAAUGGAGUUGAUCUGAAGGACAAGUGGAGAAAUAUGAUGCGGUGACACGAGUUAUUUAAACAUCCCUGUGUAUAUAUCCUAGGAAGGUUCUAUCUACGGAAUGCAGUUUUGUGGAGUACUAUCCAACUAAUGCAGAUAGUGAGGUGUGAGGUCCAACUGGCAACCCUAAGUCCAUGUUAGAACCCACUCAAACCACUUCUCUUUUACAUCUGCAUUCUUGUGUCAAGGGCUCAGGGCACAUCUUAACUAAGGUUUAUCUUUUUGCGAAUAUGGGCAACUUGAAAGGGAAAAAGAUCCUACCAACUUUGAGAUCUGAAUUGUACUACUAAACAGUAUACACAAAUGAAGCUAUUUGACGCUGCCUUUUGUUUUUCAUGUAAAUGUACAUGUUUAAUCUGAUAUUUUCUUUAUUUUUUAGCCAUAUAGGGUAUUGCUAAUCAACAUAAUCAUUCUGAAAAAUAUAUGUGCAACUUUGUAUAUUUGAACCGUUCUUAUUUUGGGAACGCUGUUGGCCUGACUGUCUCUUCUAACAUGAGUUGGGCGAUUGAAACUUAGGGCUGCCAAAUACUCAUUGAAAAGAAAAUGUGAACAAAACCUGUUAGUAAUCUUGUGUCAAUAAAUGUACUUGUGUAUAUAGAUUCAAACUUGUUUUUUUUC